AUGGCAAACAAAGAAGUGAUUGUAUCUGCAGGUACUGUAAAUUCGCCAAAGUUGCUAAUGCUUUCUGGAAUAGGCCCAAUUGACGAGCUUCAGAAACAUGGUAUCGAUGUUAUACAAAAUUUAUCUGUCGGUCAUAAUCUGCAAGAUCACGUGACGUUCAGGGGAAUGCUUUGUCAGGUUAAAAAAAGGAGUCCUAUCUGCCCACAAAAGCUGAAGGAUUUGAGUUAUUAUCUCUCAACGCAUAGAGGUCCAUAUUCUGCUGUAGGAGUGUCUAGUAUUACUGCAUUUUUCAGAACUAAGUAUGCCACAAGUCCGAGCGCACCGGACAUACAAUUGUUAUUUUUUUCCGAUGGUGGCAAUCUUAUUUAUGACAGCAAUUUUUUUAUUUUACCAACUCUACUAAAACCGAAAAGUAGAGGAUUUAUUAAACUUAAUGACACUGAUCCCAUCGCGGGUAAACCUUUAAUUCAAGCAAGAUAUUUAACAGAAUAUUUAGACGUGAAAGUAAUGCUUGAGAGUAUCCGAAUUAGCCUUGGAUUAUUUAACACUACAACGUUUAAACAAAAUAACUUUAAGCUAAAUGAAACGCCUUUGCCUCCUUGUGCUGCAUUUCAAUUCAGUAGCGAUAAAUAUUGGAUCUGCGCAAUAAAACACUACACUCAGGUAGAAUGCCAUCUUGUUGGAACUUGCAAAAUGGGUCCUAAAGAAGAUUCAGAAGCGGUUGUUGAUGAAAACUUACGUGUUCGUGGUAUUAGCAAUUUAUGUGUAAUUGAUGCUUCCGUCAUGCCGGAUGUCGUUAGAGGAAACACUAAUGCUGCGACUAUUAUGAUUGCCGAAAAAGGUAGUGAUAUGGUAAAGCAAAAAUGGAAUGUGAAGUAA